AUGGUCUUAGGGUCAAUUCAUGGUCACAGAGACUGGGAUUCUGGACUCUUGGCAUGCUUUACGGACUUGAAAUCACUGUUGUGUACAUGGUUUUGCACACCAAUAGCCAUCGCUGACAUCAGCAGUCGUUUGGGCGAUUCCGCCGUAAUCUCUUUGUUCCUUCCGAAUAGUCUGCUGGCUCUUCGUGUGCGCUUGCGCACACUUGGCGGCAUACAGGGCUCCAUUGGCAAAGACUGGUGGGCUUUGGGCUGUUGUUGCCAGUGUGCGGUGUGUCAGAUGCUCAGAGAAUUGGACGCUAUGGGCUUAUGA